AUGGUUGUCAAACGCAAGCGCUCCCAAGACGACGACGCUAUGUCCAUCUGUUCCACAUCCUCGGAUCACUCGUCAAAUAAUGUCAUGAUGGUAGACCAGGAUGCUAUCACUCAACAUCAUAUUCCACUCGGAGUUAACUCCCGGACAUUAAAACGAUACAGAGACUCGAGACCAGAUGAGAAGAGCGUACACGAUUACACACUCUCGAAACUCUACUCUGCACAAAGACCUUCGGAUGUUCAACAAGUAGCGCCACAAUCUGCUAUUUCACCGGCAUAUACUCCAGUUAAUCAAUCACAUCAACCAGCUCAGCGAAAUAUCACAUCUUUCUUCAGACGGGAUCCAUCACAUAUGACGACGUUUACCGGGAACCAAUCUGCGCCGCAAAUACGUACAACGACGUUGUCAUGCGCGGAUUGUGACUCCGUUUUACAAACACUACCUCAUGACGAAGAAGGAGAAUGUUUCGCUUGCCAGGGUUGCCGUAAAACGGUUUGUGGUGGAUGCUCUACUGGUGGAGUGGAAUGGGGAAUGGAGAGACGCUGCUUGGAGUGCACUCUCAGAUAG